UUAGCAUGGUGGACUAAUGAAAACACAGUAUAGUAUAUAUAGCUGCUUAUUAUAUUCCAUUUCUGGCAUAUUCUCUAAAAAGACCCUCCUAAAUCUGACACACUGGACCUUUAAGUCAAAUUUUGAAUGCAGGUCUUUGUAAUGGAGUAUUUUUUUAUCAUGUGGCAUUUCUAUCUUUAGGUUAAAGAUCUGAUUAUUUUAUAUUAAUAUCCUUAUAACUGAAUACAGUUAUAACUCAGUGCUAUAUCAGUCUAUAAUAGUAGAAUCUAAUCUAAUUAAAAGUGUGGUGAAUAAUGAAAACAAAACUACUGUUAAUAUUCUUUCGUUGAUAUUGCUGCAGCUUGUGUCUGUGUCACUAUCACUUUAUCUUUUAAUGUGCCACUGCAAUAUUCAUGCACACCUAUAGUGCAUUAGUGAUUUAUAACGUUAUGUAUGAGUUAUACUGUGUGUAUACAGAGUCUUCAGAGGUCACCAUAACUCUGUGUGCUGCUGGCAGCUCCUCCCAUCCAGCUAUAAGAGCCCAGCUGCCCAGGCAGGUAGUCCGUGUCCAUCCUUAAAAUAGGCCAGUGCACACUGACUUAUGAAAAGUCGGUCAGCUUUUUUCCAUUUGGUGGUUAUGUGCAGCACUUUGUGCCGGAUUGAGAUGUAGGCUUGGUGUCUGAAUUGGUUUUCGGUCUGAUCCAACUGAGGAUUUGGAACUGUAACGUUUUAAUGAUGACUUUCGCCAUGCUGCGGCCUGUGGCGACACAUUUGAUCUAUUCAGACUUCACUAUCACGUCCGAGGAUGAUGAAAACCGCAGCGAAAGCGAUGGCAGCUCGGAGCAAAGUUACUGCGGCUCCACCGAAAAACGAAGAAGGAUUUCGCACAAUCUGGAAGAUGAAACCGGGGUGACCGUGAAACAGAGGAGCGCAGCUAACGCCAGGGAGAGAGGAAGGACCCAGAGUGUCAACACCGCAUUCACAGCUCUCCGGACUCUCAUACCCACCGAGCCUGUGGACAGAAAGCUCUCCAAAAUUGAAACUCUUCGACUGGCAUCCAGCUACAUUUCCCAUCUGGCCAACGUGCUUCUUCUUGGAGACGGCGGUGCUGAUGAACAGCCCUGCCUCGGCGCGGUUCAUGCGCAAGGAGAGAGCGGGGCGCAGCAGCCGAGGACCAUCUGCACCUUCUGUUUGAGCAACCAGAGAAAAGGGAUAAAGGAUGGUAAAGACUGUUUAAAAAUGCGAGGGCUGGGUCCACUGCGAAUGAGACGCUGACAGAAGACCAGUGAAUGAUUAGCAACCUGAAAAUCCUCAAAGACUUUCUCAGGGAAGAGUCAAAGCUGGUGUUACACAGCACACACACACACACACACACAGAGAGAGAAACACACAUGUACACAUGCUGGAUCAAAUGAUGGAACCAAAGAAGAGACUAUUUAUACUUGACUGAGAAAUUUAAGCAUAAGGCUUUCAGAGAUGCAGUGCAUUUGUUU